AUGUCUCUCUUCCGCACCAGCUUCCCCGCCGCAGGCGACUUCUCCCCUCUCUUCCGCCUCCUGGACGACUACGACAACCACCGAAGCAGCCGCCCCACAGGCACGGUGCGCAGCUUCGCCCCAAAAUUCGACGUCCGCGAAAGCGAGGCAUCCUUCCACCUAGACGGCGAACUGCCCGGAAUUUCCCAGGAAGACAUCAACAUUGAAUUUACCGAUCCACAGACUCUGGUCGUCAAGGGUCGCACUGAACGCGAGUACCACACCACCGAGCCAAAGGAGCAGGCGGACAGUGAACAGGCAGUCGAGAAGGCUUCUAAUAAGACCUCCGGUACUAGUCACCGAUACUGGGCUAGUGAGCGCACUGUUGGAGAAUUCUCGCGGACUUUCUCGUUCCCGAUUCGUGUCGACCAGGAUAAUGUCAAGGCUAGUCUGAAGAAUGGCAUUCUCUCGGUUGUGGUGCCUAAGGCUACUGCUUCGGCUACUAAGAAGAUCACCAUUGAGUGA